UCUCUCUAGUCUUUCAUUGUAGCGAAGCAGCCAUCAAGAGGCAUGGCCAUGAUGAGACGCACUCCGGCCCAUCUUGCAAGAUGCUAUGCGACGCGCGCGACUUCCUCCUUCACAGACGCCCUCAAUGCCGGUCCAUCCUUCUCCGAUUUUGUCUCUAAACCACCCACCCUCAGUAGCGAUGAGCUCUACGCCCUCUCAGACAAGCAAACCUCCAAAAAGGCCCAUACAAAACUCCCCGCAUGGCUCAAAACACAAAUCCCAACAUCCACAAACUUCAACAAGAUCAAGCAAGAUCUACGAGGCCUUAAUCUGCAUACCGUGUGCGAAGAGGCGCGUUGCCCGAAUAUAGGUGAAUGCUGGGGUGGUAAUGACAAGUCAAAGGCAACAGCAACGAUUAUGCUCAUGGGUGAUACGUGUACGCGUGGUUGUCGUUUUUGCAGUGUCAAGACAUCCAGAACACCGGCACCCCUCGAUCCACAUGAACCGGAACACGUCGCUGAAGCCAUUUCUCGAUGGGGACUCGGGUAUGUUGUUUUGACAUCUGUUGAUCGCGAUGACCAUCCAGAUGGUGGGUCACGCCACUUCACAGAGACCAUUCAAAAGAUUAAACAGAAAGCACCCAAGACGCUGGUGGAAGCGCUCGUGGGUGACUUUUGGGGCGACUUGACGGCAACGGCGCGUGUUGCGCAAAGCGGACUCGAUGUCUUUGCGCACAACAUUGAGACGGUCGAGAAUUUGACGCCGUAUGUGCGAGAUCGUCGCGCUACAUUCAGACAGAGUCUGCGUGCCUUGGCGCAUGCUAAAGAAGUGGUGCCUGGACUCAUAACAAAGACGAGUAUCAUGCUCGGUCUUGGAGAACAAGAUGAGGAAGUCCUGCAUGCACUUCAAAAGCUGCGCAAGAUUGAUGUGGAUGUGGUCACGUUUGGCCAGUACAUGCGGCCCACCAAGCGACACUUGAAGGUCGAGUCGUAUGUCAGCCCAGAGCAGUUUGACAAGUGGAAGGAGACUGCCGAGUCGAUGGGUUUCCUGUAUGUGGCGAGUGGACCCCUGGUGAGGUCGAGCUUCAAGGCCGGUGAGCUAUUCAUUGAAAACAUCUUGAAGAAGCGGCAGGCACUGGACAAGCAGACUGAUCUUGUGGUGGAUGCUGCUUCUGGUGAACGACGCACAGCCCAGGGCACGCAGCUCUGACCUUCUUUACUCAUGCGUCCUUCUUAGCUUCAGGCCUUGUUCAACUUCAAAUUUGUAGCGACAACACUUUCAACAUCCUACACACUUGUAUGCCAAAAUUUUACUGUGACUACUGCGACGUCUUCCUCACACACGACUCCUCUUCCGUCAGAAAGGCGCAUAACCUAGGUCGUGCCCAUCAACAAAAUGUCCGCGACUACUACGCCGGUGUUGCCGCUGAGCUCGCUGAGAUUGAAGAGCUCGAACGACAAGUCCCCAAAGCGGCAGCAGAGACACGCGGACUACGGAUGCCGCCGCCAAUGACGGAGCCAACGUUGAGUAAUAGUGGCAGAGAUAAGUAUGGCAUUGUACCGACACCUUGGAUGCCCUUGCCGAUACCUUAUGGCAUGCCCGCGAGACCUG